UUCGUUCGCCCACUGCGAAACUCUCCACAAGGCGGAUUUGGUGGUCGACUUCUUCUUCUUCUUCUUCUUCAGAGCUAGGUGAUCAGGGAGCCUCAUCGGUGCUGUGUUGUUUUCCUUUUGUCCAAUCUCAUUGAUAUGGCGGACGACGAGCCUGUUGACCCGAAGAAGUAUCUUGAAGAGGCAUGCAAGCCAAAGUGUGUGAAACCAUUGCUUGAAUACCAGGCAUGUGUUAAAAGAAUCCAAGGCGAUGAAACUGGGCACAAGCACUGUACUGGACAAUACUUUGAUUACUGGGCUUGUGUUGACAAAUGUGUGGCACCAAAACUGUUCGCAAAAGUCAAGUGAUGAGGAGCUGAACUUUUUGUCACAUUUGCUUUUCUCUUUUCAGUUUGAAGAAACUGUUUUCGGAACCGAUGCUUUGUUCCCUCGCCUAGAUUUGCUUGUAUGGUUUUCUUCCAGAGAGGACUGCAUUGUUUUUUUUUUGCCCUUUUUCCAACAAUAGAGUUAAAGUUGAUAAAUUAAUAAAAGCAAACCCUCGAUAUUAGCUCGAC